AUGUCGCUGCUCACGCGGCGAUCAAGAUUGCUUUGCCGGUUAUGUCAAUCUCGCGACUUCAGCACAUCCUACCGCCUUCUGGCUGGGCACACGCCCAAGGGUAUAGAUAAGCCCGCGGCUGAUGCAACCACUCCAAAAACCGCACCGCACCCGCCUGGGUUCAUUGCACCCUCUCCACUCGUCGAUGCCCCAAGGUCCUAUGGCAAGCGCGUGGAAGAGUUUACACCGACGCCGCUCGGUCGACCUAUCGGCCUUCCUUACCCACCGGAAGCAGGUCAGAAUACGGGUAUAGAUCCCCGGACGCUGAAGCAGCGACGGGAUGACUUCGUAAACUACGACAAGCACCUGGAGAGGCGACAGCAGCUAAAGAAUAAAAUGGCUCGUCCAUACUUCCGCGACUGGGGCAAUUUACAGUUCCACAAGGGCAAAACAUUUAUUGCGCCACCGCGAGUCUUCAAAGGCGACCUAUCUCUAUUCUUCCCCAAUUUCUACGGGCGUACGCUGCUCAAGACGGACAAGGAGCCUCGGGACACGACUCCCCUGCUGCAAGGACAGGUCUCCAUCGUCAGCAUCUUCAGCAGCGUGUGGGCCGAGAACCAAUGCAAUUCGUUUGUGUCUAGGGAGAGCAAUCCCGCCGUCGAAAGGAUUAUCGCUCAGAGCGGAGGUAGGGCGCAGCAUGUACGAAUCAAUAUCGAGGAGAACCCUUUAAAAGCCUUUCUAAUCAAACUAUGGAUGGGGAAUAUAAGACGCCAGGUUGGAGGUGAGGAGAAUUUCGGACGUUACUUCCUUGUCCGCAAGGGCGUUUCAGAGGAGAUCAGGGAAGGUAUCGGUCUGUUGAAUAGCAAGGUCGGCUACACAUACCUCUUGGAUCCCGAUUGCAGGAUACGAUGGGCCGGCAGUGGCCCGAGCGAGGACCAUGAGCGUGAAGGCCUUGUGAAGGGCCUUGAGCGGUUACUGGCAGAGAAAGCAAGCAAUAUGAAAAAACGGACACGAUGA